AUGUCCAAGUCUCUUCUUUUUUUCGCGGUUGUGCUGCUGGCUGCUUCACUGCCUUGUCACGCCUUCCGCUCAUCUCGAAUGUUACAGGAUGACCACAACAAGCUCUUUCCCAAGCUUCCAGGCCUUUCUGCCAAGAUCGUCGUUCCAACGACGGUAAAGGCGAAGCACGAAGAGGCUGCAACGGCUGAGAUCACUCAGGAAGGCGGCCCUUCCGACGUGCCUAUUGACUCAUCGACGGUCAUUCCCGACACUCCCGCCGAUACCGUCGCUCCUGAAGACCCUGCCGCCGUUACCGACCCUGCCACCGUUACCGACCCUGCCACCGUUACCGACCCUGCCACUGGUACCGACCCUGCCACCGUUACCGACCCUGCCACCGGUACUGACCCUGCCCCUUUGACCGACCCUGCCCCUGUGACCGACCCUGUCCCGGUUCCCGAACCCCGUGAUAGCACGGCCGGUGGCGAUCCCGCCACUACUUCCGGCGACGUCCCGGUCGUCCCCGCGCAGGCGUCCGCUAGCGGAUCUUCCCCCCCUCCCCCGCCCCCCGGGGGUGAAUGCCCCCCCACCGGCACGGAGUGCGACUUCUACUUCACGGGUUUCCAGAACUCCGUGCCGACGUUCACGCUGCCAUCGGGCGGCGGUGACGUGGCGAUCAGCCCGGCUAUCGAGGCUUCGGUGAAGGGGAGCGUUGUGAACGUGAUCGCGCUCAACUCGCAGACGACCAAGUACAUUUGCAACAGCGCCUCUAUUCCCGACAACAACCAGUUCUACGUCGUUCAGGAUGUGGUUCAAGUGCGGACGAUUCAACCGCAGGACAACGGCACGUACAACGGUUUGUACGUCAAGAUCCCCAUUUCGAACGCGGAGAUUGAGGUCUACAACCAGGUGUUCAACCUCAACCCCAACGACGGCUCCUCUUCCUUCCCCGAAGACCGUCGCUGCGUCAUCUUCCAGACGUCGUAG